UUCUUCCCAUUCUUCAUUUUCUUUGAGUUCUUGUAGCUUUUCCAAGUCUCUCUCUGUUUUUUUGUUGUGGGUUUCGAGUGUUUAGUGAAAUGGUUAAUACAUCAGGGCUUUUUGCAACAUCAGCUCCGAGUCUAAGGACGAGGCAUUCGUUCUUAGGGGGCAAUUUUCGAUGUGGGUUUGGAUCAUAUGGUGGUGUAGCUAAUAAGGUAAUAUUCUGCUCUGCUUCCACUAGGGCAGAGAUGGUUUCGUCUGGAGCUUCUCCUUCUCAAUCUCGGAUGCUUAGGCUUGUCAGUAGAGGGUGUAAGCUAGUUGGGUGUGGCUCCGGUGUACCAAGUUUACAGAUUUCAAACGAUGAUCUUGCCAAAUGGGUUGACACAAAUGAUGAAUGGAUAUCUGCUCGUACUGGGAUUCGCAAUCGACGGGUGAUUGCAGGAAAAGAUAGCCUGAUAGGUUUGGCAGCAGAGGCAGCAAGGGGAGCUCUACAAAUGGCUCAGGUUGAUCCUGAUGAUGUAGACUUGAUAUUAAUGUGCACUUCAACACCAGAGGAUCUUUUUGGUUCUGCUUCACAGAUCCAAAAGGCUCUUGGUUGUAAAAGACAUCCUCUAUCGUAUGAUAUAACAGCUGCAUGUAGUGGAUUUCUACUGGGUUUAGUAUCAGCAGCUUGUCACAUAAGGGGAGGUGGAUUUUCUAAUGUUCUCGUCAUUGGUGCUGAUGCCAUUUCUCGUUACGUCGACUGGUCUGAUAGAUCGUCCUGUAUUCUUUUCGGAGACGGUGCUGGUGCUGUACUAUUGCAGGCAUGUGAUGUUGAGGAGGAUGGUUUAUUUGGUUUUGACUUGCAUAGUGAUGGGGAUGGCCGAAGGCAUUUGAAUGCUGGGAUCAAGGAAAAAGAAAUGGAUCAAAAAUUGGGUUCUAACGUCUCCCUGAUCGGUUUUCCUCCGAAAAACGUCACGUAUUCUUGUUUGCAGAUGAAUGGCAAAGAGGUAUUUCGAUUUGCUGUUCGCACCGUGCCACAGUCGAUCGAGGCUGCUCUUCAAAAAGCUCGUCUCAGUUCAUCAAACAUUGAUUGGUUGUUGUUACAUCAGGCAAACCAAAGGAUCAUCGACGCAGUCGCAACACGUUUAGAGUUCCCAUCGGAGCGUGUGAUAUCGAACGUGGCUAACUACGGUAACACGAGCGCAGCCUCGAUUCCAUUGGCACUGGACGAAGCUGUUCGAAGUGGGCGGGUGGAGGCAGGACACUUGAUUGCAGCUUCAGGUUUCGGAGCUGGUCUAACCUGGGCGUCUGCAAUUAUUCGAUGGGGUUGAAGCUCAAAAACACAUGUUCUUGCAGAUUUUGAGAUAUGCUGCAAUGACAACAAUAACACUAGCUUGGCUUAUAGAUUUGGAGCACAAAGAACUGAACUUUCAUUAAUAAUUUGGUGCUAUUUCUGUUGCUCUAAAAAUAAAUGAUCAUAAGAUAUCUCAACGCGAAUAAAAUUAAAUUUUAGUUUUUAUAAUGUUUAAAUCUUAAGAAUUAGUCAUUGUAAUUAGAUAAAAUUAAUUUUUAGAAUCAGAGUGAGCUUGUAAUUAGCGAAUGAUUUGUUUUAAACUAUAAAAAUUAAAUUUAAGGAUUUAAUCUUAAAUUAUCCGGGUGUAGUACUCGCUGUACUAGCUCUUGAUCUGAAAUAACGGUCUUUGUUUCA